AUGAAAAAUUGUAACAGAGAGACCAAGUUGAUUUACAGAACGUUGAGCGACAAAUUUUUUGUAAUCAACAAACCUGUAAACUGGACAUUGACAAAGAAAAAAACGAAACGAGCAGAGGAGGGGGGAGGGGCAUUGGCUCCAACUGGUAAGCCCUCUCCGUUGUUCAGUAGAAACAGUGACAAAGCAAAAUGUGUGGAACAAACAGAUUACCCAAAUGACAAACAAAGAAGUAAUAUGUACAGGAGAGAACGCUUUCUUAGCCAGAUGAACAACCUAAGUAGCGCUGAAAAAAAUGCAUUCCUUUAUACAAAUUCUGCCUUAUACUUAUACAACGAUUUCAAUUUUACUCUGAGUGGGAACUCCUCCACAGAGAAUAACCAUAAAGAUAAAAUUGUGCAGAAGUAUUAUGUAGAGUCCCUGUUAAAAUGUGAGACGGACGGGGAUGUGUAUUACCCGUAUAAGCUCCCUAUAUACAUGAGUGGUCUCGUCAUAUGUUGUCGAGAUUUACUUAUUUACAAAAAAUUUUUGCAAAUGAUUAGGGAGAAUAAGUUGGUGCGCAAGUACAGAUGUUUGGUACGUGACCCCUUCAUCUCUGUUGAGAGUAAUAAAGUGAGUUUGUUCAGGGAGACAGCAAACACACAUGCGUGUGCAUACACAAGCACGAAUGGUGAGGACAACAAAAUUGAUCACAGAACAGCUAUACACUUUUUAAAAUCACUACAAGCACAAAAGGAAGCGAGUGAUAUGUUUCCUUAUCACAAUUUUUUUGCGGACAAUCCCUAUUCCUCGAGUUACUGCUAUCGGUUGGCUGACUUAGCGAUCGAUGAAUGUAAAAGGGGAGUAAAUCCCACGUGUAGUAUAAACAAAGAGGGGAACAAUAAAAAUGGAAGUAACAGACCUUACAGGGGGGGGAGAUUCACUGCGAGGGAAGAAAAGACCCUCAAUUUUGACCACUUCGUUUCAGCCUUUUUGAGGAGAAGUCCCCCAGUGAAGAGCCUCAACCGCUUUUUGUCCAACCUCCUCAACAACAAUAACGCAACCCUGAAUGAAAGCGACGAGUAUGAUUUAGAACGCGAGAAUGAACUCCGAGUGAAUCCUCCUAUAGGGUACACAGAGCAAGAGAAACAUAAGCACAGCGACUCAAGUGUGAGUCGAACAAAUGGUGACCACUUACUGUACGAUGUACAGAUGCAAAAGGAAUGUCUGUCCAAAGAGGGCAAGAUAAAAUUCCCCUUAUCUCUAUACUUCAACCAAGGGAACUUUUUUACCUUUGACAAAAAAUUCGAACAAAACUCCAUUCCUGUCUCCAUGAUUUACAGAAUGGAGAAUUAUAGGGCCUACUUGAAAAGGAAUUUAAAAACGUGUUUGAAGGAGGACGGUGUAAAUAUGUUUUUGAAUAAAAAUUCCAACAUUUGUAUUAUCGAGUUUGUUUUUCUGGACAACCCGAAGCCUGAUUUGAUCAGAUUUUUUUUUAGCGAACUGAACACACCCAUAAUUAAUGACAAUAUAUUUGACAGGAAUUCAUUCAAACGGGAUGUAAUUGGUGAAGUGAUUUGGAAGCAGUUGGAUGGCAGCUACGCGGAUUUGUCUCCUCCUCUGGCGGGUUCUCCGCUCUUCGAUGAGCCUACCCAUUUGGGUGUUGAAGUGGAGCAAGAGGAUGGGGUUCAAUCUACCACCUGGGGAUUUCAAAACCGUGAUAGGAAAAUUAAAGAGUAUUUGCUUAAGACGAGAGACCCCGACGUUAACGCUUUCACCAUCCCUGGAAUGGGGGUGACUUCGCAGAGCUGCGAACAGAAAGUACAAAAAAUAAAUUCAAGCAAUUUCAUCAUACAGGACAGUAGUUCAAGUGGUGGACACGACGAAGGGGGGCACAAAUGUCCACAGAGCAGCGGACAACAAAUGAAACGUUCCAAUAACAACACGAAUCUGUGUCUGGAACUAUUUCAGCUGCAGUUUUUGGAUCCAAUCAACGGCGAUCAUGUGAAGAUAGAAAAUUCUCUUCCUAGCGCAUGGCUUUAA